CCCGGGGGCCCGUGAGCAGGGGCGCGCAGGUCCGGGCGGCGCGGCGGGCGCAGGUCUAUGUCGCGGGCGGCGGCGGCGGAGGGACGAUGCGCGAGUACAAAGUGGUGGUGCUGGGCUCGGGCGGGGUGGGCAAAUCCGCCCUGACCGUGCAGUUCGUGACCGGCACCUUCAUCGAGAAAUACGACCCCACCAUCGAAGACUUCUACCGCAAGGAGAUCGAGGUGGACUCGUCGCCGUCGGUGCUGGAGAUCCUGGACACGGCGGGCACCGAGCAGUUCGCGUCCAUGCGGGACCUGUACAUCAAGAACGGCCAGGGCUUCAUCCUCGUCUACAGCCUGGUCAACCAGCAGAGCUUCCAGGACAUCAAGCCCAUGCGCGACCAGAUCAUCCGCGUGAAGCGGUAUGAGAAAGUACCAGUCAUCUUGGUUGGGAACAAGGUGGACCUGGAGAGUGAGAGAGAAGUAUCCUCCAAUGAAGGCCGAGCCCUUGCCGAAGAGUGGGGCUGCCCCUUUAUGGAGACUUCUGCUAAGAGUAAAACAAUGGUGGACGAACUCUUUGCCGAAAUCGUGAGGCAGAUGAACUAUGCUGCCCAGCCUGACAAAGAUGACCCAUGCUGUUCUGCCUGUAACAUACAAUAGCAUCCAAGUUUGGCUGUCCCAGACAGGACUUGCCCAGUACUGUAGGCGAUAGAGACCUUGCCUACCACAUUGCAGAGUUGGCAGGAUGCGUGGUGCACUGCAGCCCUUAUUCGGAAAUGAGCAGUGACUGCCAGAUGAUGCCUCUGAGUACGUUUGGGUUCAGUACCUACAGUGUUCACCAGUGUCCUCCACCUCCUUAUGCAUCUGCGACUUGUAGGCAUAGCCCAUCGAGCUACAGGGUGAUCUCAUGUGAAAGCAAUGAUGGCAUUGUCGCUGAGUUGACAGAAGCAGCUAGUGUCGAAAUUCAAGUGAAUCAUGAGGGAGAAACCAGAAGAAUUCCUAUGACCACUUACAGUUAAAUAUUUUGUCUUCUUUACAAAAAAAAAAAUAAUAAUAAUAACUAAAGGAGAAUAUUUUCCUACUAGAGUACUGAAUUUCAUUGGGAUAGAGCUCCUAGGCAGUGUAUUCCGUCAAGUAGCGUAACAGCUGGCCUGCCAACAGCAUUGCAGGGAGAGUUUUUGCACAGCUGACACAUUUGUUUUUCAGAAUCAAUGCUUAAUUGUAGAUGUUAUACUAAUUUGUGACGUGGAACUAACUCACGCAUCACUCCUGCUAGAGCAGAGUCAGAAGAGAGUUGUGUGAAAAUACAGUCUGGCUUUAGCGUUUGGUAAAUCACCUGCUUUGCCACAGAAAACAGGCUCUCUCAGGGGUUUGGCCAGAAUUAAAACCCCAGACCCAUUCUCUGUCACCCAAGCAGGGAAGGUCUUUAUUUCCUGAACCAGAAGGAAGCAACUGAGGUGGAGAGAUCGCCUAGCCUUACUAACAGGAAGCACUCUGGUAGAGUAACUAGUACCACCACGAAGGAAAAUGAAGCCAUGUUGCAGCCACAUGUUCGCGUUUGCAGAAACCUCACAGGACAGUGCAAAUACCUGGCAUUUUUACGUUCAUUAAAGCCGCAAAUUCCUUCUCGCCUUUAAGGGCUAUGGUGUGAUGGGACCCUUGGCUAACCUGCUUUGGAAAUCCAGUUUGCUGUAGCAGAGCUUUACUGCAGGCAUUUAAACAAUUGAAUAAAAACCAUGUGAAAUAAUUUGGGCUUAAAAGUAGACCAUAAAUUAUAGAGUGGAAGGUUGAGGGACAAAAAAGGCUUUUAUCGUUAAUUUUCCUGGAGAAUUAUAUAAAGGUUUUCUUAUAACAAUUCUGCCCUGAUUACUGAAGUGGCAAAUAAAGCUGGAGUGAAUAUUUUGUGCUGAAAAGGUGCUCAAGCUCUGACAUUUUUGGUUUUGAUAGCCGUGAAGUAUUUAUCAUUUGCAUGAGUAAUGGCACAGGAAAAACCUAUUCAAAAGUUUUACAAUCAAAUGUAGAAAGGUUUUCACCUCCCUUAGAGUUAGAAAUACGGAAGAGAUGACCUCGAGCCCACCCUCUGGAGAGAAAUUUGGCCUUGAGAACUGCAGUGCCACUGAGCCUGUGAUAGACUUAGCGCCCAAAUGUCCUUGGUUCCACAGUCUCGUGCAAGUAACCUCUGGUCUUACGUGUGUAACUGAGAGAAGAGUGUGUCUGUGUGUGCAUGUGUGUUUAUUGUUCCUAAGAAUUUGGCACAAGUCAGAGAUAAUUGCCUAUACUGAGAAUCUAUACUGCAGAAUAUAGUGUAUCAAAAACAUUUUUUCUUUGAAAUGAUUUAACCAUCUUUUCUA